GUAAGUCGUUGACGUGCUGACGUCCAUCCAGUAGUCCUGUAAACACGGGACGUGUUCUGCAAGCAGUUGCUGCAUUUUCAGCAGCUUUCGCGGCCAAUUAACCGUCUUUCCGUCCGGUGUGAGUUGCAGGAACGGCGUAGAGGGACCCAGGGACCGGGGGGAGCACGACCAAACCCCGGAAAGGUCUGAAGCAGAAUGAACAUUGGUUCAAAAACUAAGAAGAGGGUGGUUCUGCCCAGUCGCCCCGAGCCGCCCACUGUGGACCAGAUCCUGGAGGACAUGAACGGAGCCGCUCCCAACGACCCGGUCUUCAGCAUUCUGCAGAAGACUGGUCAAGAUCCGAACCGGCCCUCAAACAGCGACGUGGACUUUCGCUUCCAGCAGUGUCAGAAGUAUCUGGAGCUGAAUGAGCGGCUGCAGGAGGCGCGAGGUCGCCUGUUGCGACAGAGGGAGGAGCUGCGAGUGGCGGGCGAGCAGCUGCAAAGGGACAUGGAAGACGUCAAAGGUCAAACACUCUGACCUUCCACUGCUUUCUGUCAGUGUUCUGGACUCUUUUCUAUCGGACUGAUGUCAGCUGAAUCGUGUUCAUGGUGUCCUGGAACCAGACAUGGGGGGAGGCAGCUCCUGACCUCUCGCCUCACACCAGAAAGGUGUUUUUGUGUGUGAUGUGUUUUGUGUCACCGGCAUGAACGGAAACGUGUACGCAGCUGCAGCUUUCUUCAUCAUUAUUAAUCCAUGUAGCAAUUCACUUCAAUGAAUCUUAUGUCACAUUGACAAGUUACCAGAAUAUGAAAUAAUGUUUCAUUUGCAUUUUCUCAGUAAAGACGCAUUAUUCUUUCUAACUCUUUAUGUUUGAGAAUCGAGGGCCAUCAUAAUUGUCACAACAGUAGAUUUAUGUAUUAACAGUUCACAUGCUGGAAUGACAAAUGAUUAAGAUGGGUUCAGGCUGAAUGUGAAGUCAAUAUUCACUCGAUUUAAUUUGUUCUUUACAAUUGUAUGCAUCGCCUUCCUCUUGGCUUUCCUUCUUAUUACAAGGCAUAAGACUCGUCUUCAUGUUGGCCUACCCUGCAGAGGUUAUCGGCCUCGUCUCAGACGAAGCGUGAUUGCUCAACGAACACAAAAGAUAAUAUAAAGAUAAUGUAGUCAACCAAUAAUUAUAUAAUUAACACACACAGCAUAUGUGACAAUAAAAUAAGUGAAUAAAGAGGACUCAUCUGUU